GCAAACUACCAGUUUGCCAAGGCCAUGGCGGGUGUUUUAUUCAAUAGCUAGGAGCCACAGAACCGCGGUUCAGAUAUCCACGCGUUCCCGCGUGCAACGGCUCCCUACUAUUGUCAGCUAGACUCUUUUUGGCCGUUUAAGAAUCGCAGAGCGUCAUAGUUGUGAUCGGUGUUUGUACGGUAGUCUAAUCGGAGCAGCAUCAUGGCGCCAAACGAUGCCACGGAGAUUCCUUCGUGGAUGGCAGACGUCGUAAGUCUCGACGAUCCCGCGAAGCUCACGGCGCCCAUAAAGUCUGCCGUCGAUAAGUUCGCCCUGCUGCCAGCCUUCCUCAAGGUUCGGGGGCUGGUGAAGCAGCACGUGGACUCGUUUAACUACUUUGUGAACUGCGACAUCAAGAAGAUCAUCCACGCCAAGGCCAACGAGCGCGUCACCUGCGACACCGACCCCAACUUCUACCUCAAGUACCUGGACAUAUUCGUGGGCAAGCCGAGCGUGCAGGAGGACUAUGUGAUGGAGGACAUCACCCCGCAGAACUGCCGCCUCCGAGACAUGACCUACGCCGCGCCCAUCACAGUGGAUGUGGAGUACACGCGUGGCAAGGAGAUCGUGCGGCGCGUGGGCAAGGAUGGGCAGGGCGCGCUGCUCAUCGGGCGCAUCCCCCUCAUGCUGCGGUCGGACCACUGCGUGCUGCAUGGGAAGAACGAGCAGGAGCUCGCCAAACUAGGCGAGUGUCCUUUGGACCCCGGAGGCUACUUCGUGGUCAAGGGCGUGGAAAAGGUGAUCCUGAUUCAGGAGCAGUUGUCGAAGAACAGAAUCAUCAUUGAUGCUGACAGCAAAGGAGGGGUGGCAGGCUCGGUGACUAGCAGCACGCACGAGCGCAAGAGUAAGACCAACAUAGUGAUGAAGCACGGGCGGUUCCUGCUGCGACACAACACGUUCAAUGAGGAUGUGAACAUGGUGAUAGCGCUCAAGGCCAUGGGCGUGGAGAGCGAUCAGGAGGUGGUGCAGAUGGUGGGCCGGGACCCCAAGUACGCCGACCUCCUCGCUCCCACGUUACAGGAGUCGGCAGCUGCUGGUGUCUUCACCACUCAGCAAGCUCUCGAAUACUGCGGCACCAAAGUAAAACAAGCCCGACAGAUGUGGGGUCGAGCACGCCGCUCCAGAGUGGAUGAAGUGCGGGAUGUGCUGGCCAACAUUGUGCUCUGCCAUGUGCCCGUGCACCGCUUUGACUACCGGGAGAAGUGCAUGUUCAUCGCUGUCAUCUUGCGCCGCAUGAUGGACGCCCUCAUCAACGCCGACGCCGUCGACGACAGGGAUUACUACGGCAACAAGCGUCUGGAGCUCUCGGGCCAACUGGUGUCGCUUCUUUUUGAGGACCUGUUCAAGCGCAUGAACAUGGAGCUGAGGCGGCAGGCAGAUGCCAUUCUCUCCAAGUCCAACCGUGCCACUCAGUUUGACGUUGUCAAGUGCAUUCGCCCGGACAUCAUCACAUACGGCUUGGAGCACGCCAUCUCCAGUGGCAACUGGACAGUCAAGCGGUUCCGCAUGGACCGCAAGGGCGUCACUCAGGUGCUAUCACGCCUGGCGUUCAUCGGCGCAUUUGGGCACAUGACCCGCAUCACAUCUCAGUUUGAAAAGACUCGCAAAGUCAGCGGGCCCCGCGCGCUGCACCCCAGCCAGUGGGGCAUGGUGUGUCCGGCGGACACACCGGAGGGGGAAGCAUGUGGGCUGGUGAAGAACCUGGCGCUCAUGACACACGUCACCACGGACGAGGAGGAGCCGCCGCUCAUCCGCCUCUGCCACAGCCUGGGCGUGGAGGACCUGCAUCUGCAGUCCGCGGAGGAGAUCCACAGCACCACCACCUACAUGGUCUUCCUCAACGGGCUCAUCCUGGGCGUGCACAGACGUCCCCUGAGGUUCUCAGAUGCAUUGAGGAAGCUCCGGAGAGCGGGCAAGGUGCCGGAGUUCCUCAGCAUAUACGUGCACAGCGCACAGCGGUCUGUGAUUCUGGCAGCGGAUGGGGGUCGUGUGUGCCGGCCUCUGGUGAUAGCAGACAAGGGCGUGUCACGGGUGAAGCAGCACCACAUAAGGGAACUCAAGGAUGGCAUUCGAACGUUUGACGACUUCCUGAGGGAAGGCCUGGUGGAGUACUUGGAUGUCAACGAGGAGAACAACGCCCUGAUAGCGCUGUACGAGUGGGAGGCGACACCGGACACAACACACAUAGAGAUUGAGCCGUUCACCAUCCUGGGUGCAUGCGCCGGCCUCAUCCCCUACCCCCACCACAACCAGUCGCCUCGAAACACAUACCAGUGUGCUAUGGGCAAGCAAGCGAUGGGCAACAUGGCAUACAACCAGCUGGGUCGCAUGGACACGCUUCUGUAUCUUCUCGUCUAUCCCCAGCGACCGCUGCUCACCACACGAACCAUUGAACUGGUAUGCCCUCCCUCUACCCCCACCCACUUCUCUCGAACGGUCCUUCAUUGCUCGGAUUACCCUGGGUACAUGCGAGGCAUAUAAGGUGAGUACAAUCAUGCAUGGUAUUUUGGCCGAGCUCCUAGUCUACCACGCCUCCCUCAGGUGCUCGAUGACAGCGAAGCAAUCCCCUAGGGACAUGCCCGCGUCAGGAGCGCCGAGGGGAGGCCAUUCGAGUGGUGAGGCGUCGUUCACCUUCCCAAGAUAGGUGAGGGCUUGUCCCCGCUGGAGGGUGACAGACCAGCGCUGGCGGAACUGGCUAAGCAGUUUAGCCGCCUGGUAGGAGCUGGGGUCGGCGUUGAAAAGGCGGCGGGCUGCCGUGUGUGCUAGAAGUUUAAGGAAGGUUGGCACUUUGGCGCAUGGGCAGCCAUACGUCUCGACUGCGAGCGGGAAGAAGCCGACGUAUGCUGCCCUGUGGCGGUAGUCGUCGAUCUUCUUGUCCGCUUGCUCCCGGGCCAUGUAUCCUCGGCCCUUGCGCGCUAGCGGGUCCCGAGAGCUUACUGGGUCGGUGACGGUGACGUCGCAGAUCCAGACCGCCCCCGAGUCCCGGUCACGCACGGCCAGGUCGGCGGUCUUGCCAUCGACCGGGUUGUAGAUCGCUGUUUCCUUCGUGACUAUGAGCUGCGCGUCCCGCCCCAUGCGUAUGCACUCGUCCCGGAGGGCGUUGUGGGUGUCGGUGCGGCCAUGCCCUGUCCCACAGCGGAAGAGGUGGUUUGGUAGUCGAGGGUCCUCGAUCACCACCCCUUGGGCGCAGUUGCAGACCCUGGGUGCCGGGAAAGGGAGGCCCAUG